UCUGGGAAAUGGAGUUCCCAGGUGAGCACAGCCCGGGGGCUGUCGGGAGAUCAGCAGCGCCUGCGCGGGAGGUCUUGCCCUGGGAGAGAGGAUGCUUGCGCAGCGCAUUCCACCCGGGCGGAAGUUACCGCGGGACAACUGAGAAGCAUGAUCACCUUCUGUCCCGACUGUGGCAAAAAUAUCAAAGCAGCAUUCAAAUUCUGCCCCUACUGUGGAAAACCUUUGCCUACAGAGGAACAUGAGGAGUCCCAGACCUUUGUCAGACCGCUUGUGUCAUCCUUCCGAGGCUCAAAGAGAGAGAGGAACACCAGUUCUGAAAUCUCUCCUAAGAAAGUGAAAUGGUCCAGUGUUGUCACCUGUCCCUCAUCACACCUUCCCUCAGAUGGUGACAGUUCUGGGUCUGAAGAUAUCUUAAGACCCUGUGAGAGACCCAAAGCGUCCUCAAGCAGACCCCCAACCCCCAAAAGCAGCCCACAGGCAACCAGGCAAAGCCCCCAGACACUGAAGCGGAGCCGGGUGACCACCUCGUUGGAGGCUUUGCCCACGGGAACAGUACUGAAAGACAAGAGUGGGCAGUACUGGAAGCUGGGAUCCCUCCAGACGAGGGACGAACAGGGCAUUCUCUAUGAAGCUGAGCCCGUCUCCACCUUGGCCUGCAAGUCAAGUGCCCAGAGACAAAGAUUCUCACUUAAACUAGAUGCCAAGGAUGGGCGCUUGUUCAAUGAGCAGAACUUCUUCCAGCGGGUUGCCAAGCCUUUGCAAGUGAACAAAUGGAAGAAGGUGUAUGCCACCCCCCUACUGGCCAUUCCCACCUGCGUAGGCUUUGGCGUUCACCAAGACAAGUACAGGUUCUUGGUGUUCCCCAUCCUAGGGAGGAGCCUUCAGGCAGCCCUGGAUGACAACCCGAAGCAUGUAAUAUCAGUGAGGUCUGUGUUCCAGAUAGCCUGCCGGCUGCUGGAUGCCCUAGAGUUCCUCCAUGAGAAUGAGUAUGUUCAUGGAAAUGUGACAGCCAAGAAUAUCUUUGUGAAUCCAGAGGACCUGAGCCAGGUGGUCCUGGGAGGCUACGGCUUCGCCUUCCGCUAUUCCCCAGGCGGCAGACACGCGGCUUACGUCGAAGGCAGCAGGAGCCCACACGAGGGAGACCUCGAGUUCAUUAGCAUGGACCUGCACAAGGGAUGUGGACCGUCCCGCCGCAGCGAUCUCCAGACCCUGGGCUACUGUUUGCUGAAGUGGCUCUAUGGGAUCCUGCCGUGGACAAACUGCCUUCCCAGCACUGAGGAUAUCAUGCAGCUGAAACAGAACACUACACCCAGUGUUUCCCAGUGUCAUCCUGAGAACAACCCUGACUGAAGUCAGCGCUCUCUGAGGCACAGGGAUUAGGUAAUGAGCCCAAGUCACAGGUGGCACUGGAGGGGUGGCUCUUAUCAUUGAUGGCACUUGGGUGCAGCCUUCCUCCACUCUUCAAAUACCUAUUUUGCACCUGCUACUCACCAGGCUGUGUUGUGGGCCCUGGGGACCCAGGAAUAACUAAGACAAACAUCACUGCCCUCAGGGAAUCUGAAGCUUAGUUGGAGAGACAGUAAAGAGAGCAAGCAUGAAACAGCAGGUCAGAGGUCAUACUGGCAGGGUGUCAUUAGAGACCUGAGUACUCACCAGUGAGCCUGUCAGCAUGUGGGCAUGCUGCUCCUUAGAUUUCAUGAAUAGUCAGGGCAGGUCUCGUGACAGUGGUGACCGGUGAAUCACCUCCAGAAGGACAGAGAGGCAUGGAUGUCUCACUGUAUCACCACUAUACCCUCACAUCUCUGCUAAAGGAGGGCGAGACAGAGAGAGGCCCUCGGCUGCCAGGCUGCCAUAAGCAACCUCUGCAUCAAAAGCCAGUCUCAGAACCACCAGAACAUGAGCCCAUUUCCCUGUUUUACUGGAAUUUAUUUUUGCAUUUAUUAACUAGUUUUUUAGUAGUUUUCCAUUUUUGAAAUGAAACUAGGUGAAAACGAGCCUCAGAAUCGGUGACACGGAUCGUAGAAGCAUAUGGCCCAGUUGCUAAAGCAUCAGGCGUGGCUGAAGUUUGAGUGGCCCCUUCGUGCGCCCCUGGUUUAGGUAGGGGUAAGGCUGAGCUGCUCUUCCAGGGUAUCCCACAACGCUGUGGCUCAAAAAAGGGAGAUGUUUACCUCUCUCCCACUAAUAGUCCCAAAGAAGGACCGAGCAUGGCAGGGCGCUUCCACCACCUUCCUACGUCACCCUCCUGCGCGUGCUGCCAUGUCCCGUUGCCCUUAAAGGGCAGGACUGGAAAUGACAUGCACCUCUUGGUCACAUGACCACCCCAAGCUGCAUGGGGGCUGGGAAAUGUCUCCCGACUGUGGCUGCUGACCUGGCUGAUUCUGCCAGUAAAGGGGACACCAGAAACAGACCCUUCCACAAUGCCACCUGUAGUCAAAUCGCCAAGGGCAAAGACCACAGCAGCUCUCUCCGUCAUUGUGUUGUUCGAAGUAGGGUGCUUGGCAUGUUGUGGGAGCCUGUGAAAUAGUUGUAGAAUGAAUGAAUGAUGAAGGAAUGAAUGUGUGAGCCUUCACUCACAGGCCUAGGCCUCUGUGUGGACACACAGGUUGGGCAGACAUGCACCACCCUUGCAGGGCUCCUGGGCUUGGGGGAGACACACAGAGGCAGGAAGCAGAUGCUGCAUAUAUGAGGGUAGAGGCAGUCCCAGGGCACUAUGGGAGCAAAGGGUAGGCACAUGACCUGGCCUUGGGCCGCUGGGAGCCUCUACCCAAGAAAUGCCUGCCCUGUUCUGUGGAGAGCAAAGGAGUUUCCCAGCAGGCAAGGAGAGACAAGGUUUCUAGGCAGAUAGGAUAUUGCAUACCUGCACUCUUGAUUCAUUCAUUCAUAACCUUUUCCUGUGGGCAUCUGUGUGCCAGUCCCAGUGCUGGGAAGUGCUGGAGCGCCAGAAGUGAAUGAGUUGCGAACACCUCCUGUCGUCAGUGAAACCAUCACUGGGGCUUCGCUUUGUCAAGCCCUCCCUCCCCUGGCUUCCUCUGACUCCUAAGAACAGUACUGUCUCUCUCUCCAUCUCUCUCCCACCUUCCCCUUCACAAGUGUGACAGAUGCUUCACUAAGAGACUGCAUUCACCAAGCUGGUAAAGAAUACAUAAAAUUGGUCCUAGUCAUCAUUUUAAUAUCUAUUUCAGCGUGAGAAACAUUUCAUCCCAAAGCCCCUGAUCCCAACCAUGACCACAGAGGGAGGAUCAGGAGAUGCCCCACAGGGAAAUGGUGGUGGUGGUGCCCGGGUUACCUGUAGACUCCCCCAGCCCAGCCACUGGAUGACUUGAGGCAGGAACCAAAAGGACCACGAGGGGGUGAUAUUGCCAUGCACAUUUGCUGUAACCCUAACCUGCCCUCCCCAGGACGUGGCCUUCUUCCAUUCAUUCAACAAAUACUCACUGUUUAAUACAUUCUAGUUGAUGACGGAAUGAAUGAAUAAGACACAGUUUGAUUCCCAAGGCUUUUUGGUGCACAAGGUCCCCUGCUGGGAAAGCACAGAGAGAGCUGGAUUUGGUCCCUGCUCCUAAGGCUGCUGGCAGGCAGGGAGGUCCCACAGACACAGGCGGCCAACAGCGGAAGAAGUGCUGACGCAACUGACAACAUACGAAUGGGGCAGCCCUUCUGUGCCUUCACGCCUGAGGCUGUGCAGAAAGGGAGGACCUGGUUCUUCCUGUAUAUGUAUCUUGACAGUUGCUGUGGGGCAUCCGUGGCCCCAGGCACUCAGGAGGGAUGGAUCUCUUCUGUCUGGGGGAGUCAGCAGGAGGCUCCCAGGAGACUAGCCCUUGAGCCAUGUCUAGCAGCAGGGAGAGAGCAGGUCAAGGUGGGGAAAGGCCGUCCAGGGCAGAGGGAGCAGUAUGUGCAGAGUCUGGGGGUUGUGGAUGGCUGCUUAACCUCGUUGGAGGACCAGGAGUUUGCCUGAGAUGGAAGGGAGGAGGUCAGGGCAACUGAGCCGGAGGGGCUGGCAACCUUGUGCACCAGCGAUUUGCCCCAAGGCUCUGGCGAGCCUGGGACAGCAGGGUCAACUCUGGGUCUAUGUGGGGGGUGCACAGGAGGCUGGGGUGCAGAGAGAAUGGAGGAGGCCUGAGCUGAGCCCAGAGGCAUGGACAGAGCAGGGAUGGGGCAGAGAGGGUCGGAGAGCUGGGGGAUGGGACUUGGGGGAUCCUGGUUUGUGGUGGGGAGAGGUGAGGGCAGCACCCGUGACUGGGUGUGUUAGGGAGCAGUUUGGUUCAGUGACACAAGAUAGCUCAACAGAGUGAAACUGAAGUCGAGGAAGUUAAAGCAAACAGGGUUAUUAUAUUCUGUAAUAGAGUGGGCCCCACCCUGAUGCCAGACAGGCCCUGAGUAUUCGAGGAGAGUUCCUUUUUACAGAGGUUUCAAGGGAUUUUUUGGAGGGAUAGUGUCAUGCAAACAAGUGUUGAUUGGCAGGCUGGCAAUGAUGUAAGCUAAUUUUUAUUAUAUAUGUUCUUUCCCAGAAUUCUCCCUGAUUGCCCACCAAUGGGGGGCUAAAGCACAAUGCAGAUUUAUUUUAAUGACUUUAUAAUGAGGAAAGGUCAUUUUAGGACACCCCGGGAACAUGCCCAGUUGGUCUCUAGCUUAUGGAAUUUCUCUGUGAUUUUUCACUCCUCCUGCUGGGGAUUUUCUCAUUGGCGGAAGCUAUCUGAGUCCCGACCUCUCUGUGGUCAGCCUGACCUCUCCUCCGGCUUCUCUCUGGCUUCCUGCCUGACAGGUGGACAGUGGGUAGCUGCCUGGUGGUUCAGGCCAGAGAAGAUACAGUGGGCUGGGACUCGCAGGAUGGAACAAAGGAAGUGGACACAUUUCGUUUUUCCUGAGUGGUCCAAGAGGAGUGUAUGUGUAAAUAUAUAUAUGAAUAGUCCAUCCUCAUUAUUUAGAUGGUGUAUUUGUACAUUUGCCUAUUCACAAAGUUGUAUUUGUAACCCCAAAGUCAAUACUCACAAUGUUUUCAAGGUCAUUCUCAGACACACAUGGAGAGGAGAAAAUUUUGAAUGGCCUGAUGCAUAUGGUCUCAGCUGAGGUCGAGCCACGGACUCUGCCUUCUCAUUGCAGCUCUUGCACUACAAACAAUUGUCCUUUAUAUGGACUGUUCAGUGCCACAUUUUCCAAAUUUGUGUAGACAUUUUUUUUUGGUCAUUUUGCUGUUUACAGCAGCCCUACGCGUAGUGCUGAGGUGCUGCCUCGGGAUCCCAAGCACAGUAAGGCUGCAACACACCUUAUAGAGAAAAUACGUGUUAGACGAGCUCCUUCAGAUACAGUUUAUAGUGCUGUUAGGCAGUGUCAGUCAGUCAACCUUAUGUUAAACGAGAUGUCUUUAAACACAAAACACACAUCAAACAAACUGUUGUACAGAUCAGUUAAUGAAAACCUUGUGACUGGAGGCUCACAAGAAACUAAUGCUAUGUUUCUCCUAAAAGCAUGGUCCAGAAUUUGCUAAUUCAGUGUUCGUGGCAAAACUAUUGACCAUAACUGCUGCAAAUAACAAGAAUCCACUGCACAUUUACCAGACAUUUUGUUUUAAAAGCCUGCUCUCCCUUCCCUUAAAGGCCUUUUGCAUGUACCUCUGCCCUGUCAGGUUUCUUGACAACCCGGAGGCCCUGGUGGGACAGUGCAGUCGCUGGAUCAGUCCCUCAG